GGACGAGCCUGUUCAAUCGAUCCCGACAAAGCUGGGAGCCUACACUGCAGAAUGGUUGGGCAUGGACCCCAAAGAAGACAGCGACCUCCUGUGGAUAGCCCGUCGGGGGCUGAAGACCCCAUUGCCAAAGCCCUGGCGUCCGUUCGAGGCUGCAAGCGGGGACAUCUUCUUUCACAACCCUGACACAGGUGAAAGCCAAUGGGACCAUCCCUGUGACCAUGAGCUGCGGCAGCUUUAUGCGUCUGAGAAGGAAAAGAGAAAGAUUGAUCCGGAGAUCGCCCCAGGAACGCCUUGCAAAGACCUGUCCGUCAGCUCAAUUUACGAGGAGACUUCGCCCCAGAGGUCCGUGGAGGAGACAGAGCAGACACCUUCUCCUCAGGUCAAGGUGCACGCAGUGCACAGUCUUCGACCUGAAAGUCGUGGCUCGGCAGCCGCAUCAGCCCCCAGCACGACAACAGCGCCUGCAGGUACCAGCAUGCUUGGUGAAGGCAAGCAAGCGCAGCUUAUGCCGGAACGUCCAUCCAAGCCUCCACCAUCAAGGCUAAGGCCUCCGAGGCCAAAACCAUUGCAGCUGGCAUGCGAUGAGUCUACGUCAUUCUGCCGCUCACCCGUGGCGAACAGUCCACAAAAGAGGCCGGUGUCAGCUUCCCUGACUAGCCUUCCUGGCAGGGAACCGGCAGACAGAGAAAGGGUUAGUCCCGGUGAUGUGCAGAGCCCACCCACUCCUCGACUCAGUGCCGUGCUUACUGCAGAGUUGUUCAAUGGCGAGGACAUGGACCAGAUCAGCCUGUGGUCUCGAUUAGAGGAGGGUGAGGAGACCCUGUGCCAACCACUCCCACAAACUCACGUGGGAAACUGCUCUGCCCGAAGUCUGAGCAGUGUCCACGAAGGAGACUCGCUUGAGAUCUCCUCUUUGACAGCAGCGCUGGACAACUCAAAUGCCGACCAUGACAGUUUCAAUCACUGCAGAAGCAGUUCGCCACCGCAUCAGAAGCAGCAAGCUGUUGCUGCCUCACGUACUCCUCCGUGGCCACAUGGAUCACCCGGCGAUGCCUCGACACACAUGAGCGAGCUGCGUCGGUUGCGCCAGGAAAUUGAAAGCAACCAUGUGGCCUCCGAGACUUGUGAAACUUCAUCCCAGUCGCAGGGCCCAAAGCCAGAGGAAUUCAAAGAGGAUGCGCAACAUUCGCAUGAGAAGCCAGUCCAGGAUUCGACCACUCAAACCGAUGAGACAACCACCGCAAGCGCUGGUGAAGGCGAGCACCUCUCGAAGACUGCAGACUCGCCGGGGGAAGAGCUGUCUCCCGCUCCAGGCGACGAGAAAUCUCCAGGCUCAGACAAGGGUAUCCCGGAGACCUGCGAUGUUUCGGUGCAAAAGUCCAUGGCAUAUUUGGCUGCCGAGCUCAACGCAUUGGCAUGCAAGACUGUGCAACGAUGCAUGGUUCCAGACCAUCCCCUUCCGCUAAGAGACAUCACGAACGAGAUGCAGGAUCUGCCAGACAAGGGGCUGAAGUCGACCGGAACUCCUCGAUCUGCUGCAAAAAUGGAUAUAGCCAACAUGCGUAUGCAACUAGAGGUGCAAGAGCAGCAGCGUGCCACGGCGGAGCAGCAACUGGACGAGUGUUUGUCCACAUACCGUAUGGAGCAAGCCAAACACACUGCCACAAAAGCAGCUCUGCGAGAAAGCCAACGUGAAGUGCUACGGCUGCAGAGCCAGGUCCAAUUCAAGGAGACAGAGACACAGCGCCUCGAGAUGGAGUUGCAAAGGUGCCAGUCAGAGCUCGGCUGCGUGUUUGCCCAGGCAAAGCAAGCACAAGUUCAGCUCAAGGCUCAGCAAGCGGAGCUGGCUCAGGUCAAGCUGAGACUGAGGUCCCAGAAUUCCAACGAGAGGCUGAGCCGAACACGACCCCUUCAAAGAGCAGGUGGCCCGUCAGCGGCAGAGCAGGAGCCGAAGGCGUCAAGUGGAUCGAUCUCGCAGCUUACCCACGACCCCGUUGACAAUGCCAACGUUGCUGAUGUUGCCGAGUCGACUCUUCGACGUUGCCAAUCACUUGGCGGAUCUUCAGGUACCCGAUUGGCAUCGGAGGUUUCAGAUGCACUGCGGAAGCGGCGAAGAGAGCUUCGAAGAGAACAUGCGGAGUUGGAGCAGGAGCGCCGCCAAUGGCGCCUCGAUGCACGCAAUUUGCGUCGAAGCCAAGCGGCCGACGCAGAAGCGACCAGCCUCAAUGACUGCACUUGGCCCCUGCCAAGUGCUUAUACCACAGUGUAA